AUGGGCUGCUCCAAUUCCAAGAAAUCCAAAACCAAAGGGGACGCACUAGACCUUCAUAAGAACAGUUCAGCAGGUGGAGGAGGUUCCGGUUCCUCCCACGAUGCUAGGAGCCCACCCAAUACACCUAAAAGGAGCAAGGCACCCAAAACCUCCUCCAUGAAGCAGAAAGCUAAGGCAAUGGAGCAGAAGGAUGAGGUGAAAAACAGGAAUGAAGUUACUGUCGAGAGUCCCGAAACGGGGCCUUCCUUCUCCAUCCGCGGAGCACCGUCGUGGGUACGGCCGCUUCACGCGGUGGAGAUUUCUCGAGCGAAUGACGGUCAUGAAUCUCCAUCAAUGCCGGCCCUUCAAGCCGUUGAGGUUCAUGAGACACGAGUCAUACACCCACCGCCCUCAACCCGAGUACGGGCAUCUGGCGCAGAGCAUUACGCUGUGCGGACUAGAAGUGACAUGCAUGUUUUGUCAUCACCCAUGGUCGCGUCGUUGGCGUCGUCAGAGUUGGAUCUAUACUUGUUGCACCCUUCAGCGAGACCUCAUCGAGGCUCGGCCGCUGAUGUAGCUCUUUUUCAAGAGCGUCCGCUGCCCAUACUGAGGCCUUCCUCGCAUCUCCCGAGAUCGCUGAUCACUGAUCGCUUGGGAAAAAGGCAACACCUGUCCGAGUUGGAAGAUACCUUAACGACGCAGAAUUCACGUGAAAAGACGACGGCGUUUCUGAGCGGUGUUUCUGCUUCGUCGACUGCGUCAACGCCGACGCAAUCCACGACGUCGACGUCCUUGGUAGAAAAACGACAUUCCCUGUACGAACCACGGGAUAUGGCACCCAUGUGCGCUGCAACACUGCCACCGAUGACCUCGUCCAGUCAUUCUCCGAAGAGUGAAAAACCAACCGAGUCUGGGGUGGAGCCCCUGUGGGGAACGAACAGCAAGGGAUGGGAGGUCCUGGAGCAGAUCCGCCUUCUUUUGCAUGUGCGCAAUUCACGCGUGACGUGA